CCCCCCACCCAAACAAAUUAAAAAAAAAAAAAAAUUGAGAGCAAAAAGGAAACGAAUUAUGGAAGAGAUUAGGAAGGAUCCGCUAGUUCCGGCUGUGAAACCCGAUCCGAGAACCUCCUCCAUCGGAGAAGGCCCCAACCGCCGCCACGAAAACGACGAAGGAGGAAGCGGUGGUUUGGAGAUUGGAGCUCCGGAUCUGGAUAAGGACUUGCUCUGUCCGAUUUGUAUGCAGGUUAUAAAGGACGCUUUCCUCACGGCGUGUGGACACAGCUUCUGCUACAUGUGCAUCAUCACGCACCUUAAGAACAAGAGCGAUUGUCCCUGUUGUAGCCAGCACCUCACAAAUAAGCAGCUUUACCCUAAUUUCUUACUCGAUAAGCUGUUGAAGAAAACUUCAGCUCGGCAUGUGUCGAAAACGGCAUCGCCUUUGGAUCAGUUUCGGGACGCAUUACAACGGGUCGGUUCUUGACAAGCCUUUACAGGGUUGUGAUGUGUCAAUUAAAGAGGUUGAUAAUCUGCUGACGCUUCUCGCCGAAAAGAAGAGGAAAAUGGAACAGGAAGAAGCUGAGAGGAACAUGCAGAUACUCUUGGACUUUUUGCAUUGUCUGAGGAAGCAGAAAGUUGAUGAACUUAAUGAGGUGCAAACUGAUCUUCAGUAUAUUAAAGAGGACAUAAAUGCAGUUGAGAGACAUAGAAUAGAUUUAUACCGAGCUCGGGAUAGGUACUCUGUGAAGCUGCGGAUGCUCGGAGAUGAUCCAAGCACACGAAAUGCUUGGCCGCCUGAGAAGAGUCACACCGGCUUCAACUCCAAUUCUCUGAGCAUAAGAGGAGGGAAUCCACCAGCCAAUUUUCAAAACAAAAAGGUAGAGGGAAAGGCACAAGGAAGCUCUCACGGGAUAUCGAAAAAGGAUGCACAGAGUGGAUCAGAUUCCCAGAGUUUGAAUCAAUCAUCUGUCUCAAUGGCCAGGAAGAAACGGAUCCAUGCUCAGUUCAGCGAUCUACAAGAGUGUUACCUCCAGAAGAGGCGUCAGUUGGUAGACCAACCACAUAGUAAUCAAGAAAGUGAUAAUAGUGUAGUGCGUAGGGAAGGCUACAGCUACGGCCUUGCAGAUUUUCAAUCUGUGCUCACUACCUUUACUCGCUACAGUCGUCUGAGAGUUAUAGCGGAAAUUCGGCAUGGGGAUAUAUUUCAUUCAGCUAACAUUGUAUCAAGCAUAGAGUUUGAUCGUGAUGAUGAACUGUUUGCAACUGCUGGUGUUUCGAGAUGUAUAAAGGUUUUCGACUUCUCUUCGGUUGUAAAUGAACCGGCAGAUAUACAGUGUCCGAUUGUGGAGAUGUCAACUCGCUCCAAACUUAGUUGUUUGAGUUGGAAUAAGCAUGAGAAAAAUCAUAUAGCGAGCAGUGAUUACGAAGGAAUAGUAACGGUGUGGGAUGUAACUACUAGACAGAGUCUUAUGGAGUAUGAAGAGCACGAAAAGCGUGCCUGGAGCGUUGACUUUUCGCGAACAGAACCAUCUAUGCUUGUAUCUGGUAGUGACGAUUGUAAGGUUAAAGUUUGGUGCACAAAGCAGGAAGCAAGCGUGCUUAAUAUUGAUAUGAAAGCAAACAUCUGUUGUGUCAAGUACAAUCCUGGCUCAAGCAACUUCAUUGCGGUUGGAUCAGCUGAUCAUCACAUCCAUUAUUACGAUUUAAGAAACAUAAGCCAGCCACUUCAUGUCUUCAGUGGACACAAGAAAGCGGUCUCCUAUGUGAAGUUUUUGUCCAACAACGAGCUCGCGUCUGCAUCUACUGAUAGCACACUACGCUUAUGGGAUGUCAAGGACAAUUUGCCAGUUCGGACAUUCAGAGGACACACUAACGAGAAGAACUUUGUGGGUCUCACAGUGAACAGCGAGUAUCUCGCCUGCGGAAGCGAGACAAAUGAAGUAUAUGUAUAUCACAAGGAGAUCACGAAACCUGUGACAUCGCAUAGGUUUGGAUCACUAGACAUGGAGGAAGCAGAGGAAGAGGCGGGUUCAUACUUUAUUAGUGCGGUUUGCUGGAAGAGCGAUAGUCCCACGAUGCUGACUGCGAAUAGCCAAGGAACCAUCAAAGUUCUGGUACUCGCUGCUUGAUUGUAAUAAAUAUUACUCUUACCAAAGAUUUAAAGCUUCUUCAAUCAAUAAAUCCAAUAAAUAUCAGUACCAUAUAUUGUAUUUUAGUGUGAGUUAUAGAGAGAAGCAAUCUGUCAAAAGUAGGGUUCAUCAUUUGGAAAGCAACUUUGUAUUGUAAUGCUUGACUUGAAUCCCUCGAGAAGAAUCUGUAUCAAAAGUGGAACAAGAAAUCAUCCUAGCUAUAUUCUUAAUUAUUAAUUC